CUCUCUCUCUCUCUCUCUCUCCUCCCUCCCUUCAGUCACUCAUAGACACUCGAACACACGCACACGCACACGCAUACACCCAGACAUCUUCUGGCUGCUAUUGGAUUGACUUUGAAGGUUGUGUGUGGUUCGCCGAGGCUGCACGUUGAAUCAGGUGGAGAAAAUUUUUAAAGGCUGGACGAAGCAAAAAGAUCAUUAUUGUUACUAUUUUUUUCUUCAAGAGAGGAAAAUAUUCCCAGGACUAGUCUGAUCGUGUCUUCCUUCAUCAGGAACGAAUGCAGGGAUCUGUGAAUUGAGUAGUGCAAGUGCUGAAGAAGGAAGUUUGGAGGAAACAGGAAAGAGAAAGAAAAGAGAAGGAAAAAAUACAUAAUUUUAGGAACGAGAGAGAGAAGAAAAACGGGGACUAUGGGGAGAAAAAAGAUUCAGAUCACGAGGAUUAUGGAUGAACGUAACAGACAGGUGACAUUUACAAAGAGGAAAUUUGGAUUAAUGAAGAAGGCUUAUGAGCUGAGUGUUCUAUGUGACUGUGAGAUUGCGCUAAUCAUCUUUAACAGUACCAACAAACUGUUCCAGUAUGCCAGCACGGAUAUGGACAAAGUGUUGCUGAAAUACACAGAGUACAAUGAGCCACAUGAGAGCCGAACAAAUUCAGACAUUGUUGAGACGUUGAGAAAGAAGGGACUUAAUGGUUGUGACAGUCCAGACCCUGAUGCAGACGAUUCAGCAUUGAACAAGAAAGAAAACAAAGGCUGUGAAAGCCCCGAUCCUGACUCCUCUUUUGCACUCACCCCACGCACUGAAGAAAAAUACAAAAAAAUUAAUGAAGAGUUUGAUAAUAUGAUCAAGAGUCAUAAAAUUCCUGCUGUUCCACCACCCAACUUUGAGAUGCCAGUUUCUAUCCCAGUGUCCAAUCACAACAGUUUGGUGUAUAGUAAUCCAGUCAGCUCACUGGGCAACCCCAACCUUUUGCCAUUGGCCCACCCUUCUUUGCAGAGAAAUAGUAUGUCUCCUGGAGUGACACAUCGGCCUCCAAGUGCAGGUAACACAGGUGGUCUGAUGGGCGGGGACCUCACAACCGGUGCAGGCACCAGUGCAGGGAACGGGUAUGGUAACCCCCGAAACUCACCAGGUUUGCUGGUCUCACCUGGAAACUUGAAUAAGAAUAUGCAAGCAAAAUCUCCACCACCGAUGAAUCUGGGAAUGAACAACCGUAAACCAGAUCUCCGAGUCCUUAUUCCACCAGGCAGCAAGAAUGCAAUGCCAUCAGUGAAUCAAAGGAUAAAUAACUCCCAGUCUGCUCAGUCAUUGGCCACCCCAGUGGUUUCCGUAGCAACUCCUACUUUACCAGGGCAAGGAAUGGGAGGGUAUCCAUCAGCCAUUUCAACAACAUAUGGUACUGAGUACUCACUGAGUAGCGCAGAUUUAUCAUCUCUCUCUGGGUUUAAUACAGCCAGUGCUCUUCAUCUUGGUUCAGUAACUGGCUGGCAACAGCAACACCUACAUAACAUGCCACCAUCUGCCCUCAGUCAAUUGGGAGCUUGCACUAGCACUCACUUAUCUCAGAGUACAAAUCUCUCCCUGCCUUCUACUCAAAGCCUCAACAUCAAGUCAGAACCUGUUUCUCCUCCUAGAGACCGUACCACCACCCCCUCGAGAUACCCACAGCAUACGCGCCACGAGGCGGGGAGAUCUCCUGUUGACAGCUUGAGCAGCUGUAGCAGCUCGUAUGAUGGGAGCGACCGAGAGGAUCAUCGGAAUGAAUUCCACUCCCCUAUUGGACUCACCAGACCUUCGCCGGACGAAAGGGAAAGUCCCUCAGUCAAGCGCAUGCGGCUCUCUGAAGGAUGGGCAACAUGAUCAAAUUAUUACCUACUAGUUUUUUUUUUUUUUCUUGCAGUGUGUGUGUGCUAUACCUUAAUGGGGAUUGGGGGGUCGAUAUGCAUUAUAUGUGCCGUGUGUGGACAAAAAAGUCAGGUACUCUGUUUUGUAAAAGUACUUUUAAAUUGCCUCAGUGAUACAGUAUAAAGGUAAACAGAAAUGCUGAGAUAGGCUUAGCACUUGAGUUGUACAACAGAACACUUGUACAAAAUAGAUUUUAAGGCUAACUUCUUUUCACUGUUGUGCUCCUUUGCAAAAUGUAUGUUACAAUAGAUAGUGUCAUGUUGCAGGUUCAACGUUAUUUACAUGUAAAUAGACAAAAGGAAACAUUUGCCAGAAGUGGCAGAUCUUUACUGAGAGAGAAAGCAGCUGUUAUGCAACAUAUAGAAAAUGUAUAGAUGUUUUGACAGACCCAGCAAUGGGUGGCCACUGGUAAAUGUUAGAAACAGAUGAGGUCACCUAACACAGCAAUGAUGCUCACAAACAUUCAGGCAUAUCAUUGGAGUAUGGCACUCAGUUAAAAGGAUCAAAGACAUUUAAAAGAGGACCAUACUUACAAAAAUGUGGAGUUUGAGGGCUAACGUAUUUAAUUUUUAAAAAUUCUGGGUCUGCAUCACUUAUUAAAUAAAAAUAUAAAAAUAUGUACAUUACAUUUUGCUUAUUUUCAUAUAAAAAGUAAGACAGAGUUUGCAAAGCAUUUGUGGCUUUUUGUAGUUUACUUAAGCCAAAAUGUGUUUUUUUUUUCCUUGAUAGCUUCGCUAAUAUUUUAAACAGUCCUGAAAAAAGCAAAAGGGACUUUUUGUAUAGAAAGCACUACCCUAAGCCAUGAAGAACUCCAUGCUUUGCUAACCAAGAUAACUGUUUUCUCUUUGUAGAAGUUUUGUUUUUGAAAUGUGUAUUUCUAAUUAUAUAAAAUAUUAAGAAUCUUUUAAAAAAUCUGUGAAAUUAACAUGCUUGUGUAUAGCUUUCUAAUAUAUAAUAAUUAUGGUAAUAGCAGAAGUUUUUGUUAUCUUAAUAGUGGGAGGGGGGUAUAUUUGUGCAGUUGCACAUUUAAGUAACUAUUUUCUUUCAGUUUUCUUUUACUCUGCAUACAUUUUACAAAAUCAAAAUCAAUUGUCAAAAGGAUAACCUGUGGGGCUAGAUUUACCACAUCAUAACAACCUAAAUCAUUUUAAAAGCUACAUUUGCAAUCUAUUGGGUGAACAGACAUCCAUUGUAUAUAUUGAUUAGUUCUUUCAGUUUUAAAUUUUUGGGUUAUUUUGCAUUUUACCAAAUGCAGGGCCCCUUUUUCUGAUCUUAGGUAUACCCCUGUGCAUCUUAGAAUUCAAUAAGUACGUAUCACAAUUUGACCUUUAUCCUAAAUCACCUACCUGGUUGGUAUUCAGCCCACUAUAAUUUGAUAUAUAGUAUUUGUUUUUGUUUUUGUUUUUAAUCUGCCUGGAAUGGGCUAUGAGUGGUGGUACAUUACAUCCUGAAGAUAAGUCAGAAAAAAAAAUGUGAUUGAUGUGAAGGUAACCCAGUGAAUAAGUUAUAUUCGCCCAUAUUUAGAGAAAAGAUGAAGAAACUUGAUGCUACAGAAAAGAAAAAGAAACAGGUACACAGUGUUGUAUUAUUUUAACUUGUACUCAACAAACCUUGUUGAUAUCAUAGGCUGUUGAGUGAGCCCAGUGUAUCAGGCAACCCCAAAAUGUCACUUCUGCAUAAGGCAUGUAUGUCAUAUUUUUUCCUUCAAUAAAGAGAGUUAAUAGCCAUUACAAGAAAACCCAUUUAAGAUCCUCUAUGUCCCUUUUCAUUCAAAGAAACAAUGACUUACUGAACAUAUGUCUCUGGGGAUUAUUUUCUGGGUCAUUCCCCUUUAAGAAGUUAGUGCCAUAAGAAAUGCUUAUAUUUCUUCUCCAAGAGUAGUUUCAGUUUUUGAAAGAAUAUAGGAACAAUUUCCUUCUCAUGGUAUGUGGAGAUCCAGUUUCAUCUCUCAAUCAGAUGCAUUGACACUAGCCGCAAAAAAUAAAAAUAAAAAAGAAUAAAAAAAUUUUUUUAAAAUACAAAAGUGAUGCCGUCAGCACAAACAAAUCCAAUUUAGUUAUGCCAUACCUAAGACCCAUUCCCCAUCAACUUGCGUAGUUUCUGUGUAUUUCUCAUCAUAAGAGGCUGCCGCUGGGUGGCAGAAGCCAAGAGAUUUUACUUACUGGACUCUAUUUUCCUAACUUCAUCUGAAAUUCCCAAUUAGUUCUCUGGUUUGUGCCUGACUAGGAUGCCAGUCUGCCUUGUGCUCGUAUUUUGUAUACUCUAAGCAGAAUACAAUUCAACUAAUUCAUACAUCCUAUUUGAUAAAAUGACCAUGGAACAUGGAAAGAAAGAUAUUUAUGCAGAGGAAAAGCAGAACUGGAUCCCUGACCUAUUAAAUGCAAACACACAUAGACACACACGGUAUUCAAAGCCACUCUCCUAACCUUAAGCAUGAUCCCAUUCUUAGAGUCUCUUGCUGAGAUUUUAACUUGACGUGUAUAAAAUAUGCAAAUAUGUCACAAAUGUGCUUUGUCAUUUCAAAACACUUUGGGUUUAUCAGAAUUGUUAGUAGAAACUUGUCAGCGGGUGGGGAGGGGGUCAGUCUAUGAAAAUACGAAGAAUAGCCAUAUUAUUAGUUUACCUUGCAAUUUGCCUCAGCAACACAGGAAAAAAAGGAAAAGUGAGUUUCUAAGGGGGUGGUUGUUUAAAGUAAGCUAAAGAACCAGCAGAAGCCAGGGUACAGAUGAAGCCUUGGCUAUUUAUAGCAGUUCUGACAAUGGUUUUAUAAGAACAUUUAAAAGAAUAGAAUCACUUGAAAAUGGAUACCAGUCACCUCUUGUUCCCACCACUGAAUUCAUCUGAAGUGGUGGCAAGAUGGUGAAAGGAUAAUCUGAGAAUUUUUAAAAGAUGAUUUAAUGAGAAGAAGCACAACUUUGAAUAUGAUGAGUCACUUUCUGUCAACAAUAACUGUCUAUCUUUUUUACCCUUGUACCUUUCUCUGUAAUUUACCAUUUACUGUAUUUGCAAAGCUAAUUUUGUUUUUUUUUUCACAGAGAUUCCUUUGUAUGUAAGGAGUUUGGGGCAGAGCCCUGAGGGAGUAUUACUUUACAGAACCCAAGCUGCAGAAACCUUUUUUUUUUUUAGGCAACACUCUUCAUUGCAAGUUAAAAUACCCCCAAAGUGGCAUUUUGUUCACUCGCAAGGAUUGUGAUCUCUAAUCCUUCUUUUAAGAGAUUUUCAGCAACAUCAUUAAACUGAAUGAUUGGUGACAAUGAUAUGAUAUACAUAAGCUGCACAACCUGUAUGUUGUAUGCAUUGGUGCCUUUCAUUUUGAGGCAGUUCAUUUUAACAUUUUUGAAAGUUCAGUUUUAUAGCAAAAAGGCAUAUUUUUCCCAAAGGCAGAAUCUAACUGUUUUGUAAUGAUGAAUAUGAAAAUACCUGUCAUCUUCAGAUCAUUUUCAGGUUAACUAAAGUGAGAAUUUUUAAAAUAACAAUGCCAAUUCUCUCUUAACAAGAAUGUCAGCCCUCUUGUACCUGGACGCGUUUGUUUUAUCUUUCCUAUCCAAGUCUUUAACUUAGGCAUAGAGAUUUUUUUUUGCCCCUUUCUUCUUGUGUUCCCUUCAGAAAGUAAAUGCUUUGUAUUUCUUUUUUUUAAGCCACUUGAAACCUCAAUAAAGGCUGUUGCCUAAACAUGGAAUACUUCAUCUGUUCCUGUUUGUGCCAUCUGCUGUGACGUCGUCACUUACAUGGCGUUAAUUUCCUGCCACUACAGAUCUUUUGAAGGACUGAUGGGAUAUUGGUAUAUGUUAGAAUGCUUCAGAUUGUAGAUGUAAUAAGAGGCUUUUGUUAAUAUGUUUUAACCAAAGAUGUGGAGCAAUCCAAGCUUUUAGCCACAUACCGUCUGCAUCAAAUUUGUCCAUUUGGGUUAUUUUUAUAAUCGGGUGUUACAUUUUGCCUUCCCUGCGCAUACCUCAAAUUGAUCCAUACCUCACUCUGAUUCAGAGAGGUCAACUAAAUGAUGGAUUUUUUUUUCACUCUAAAUGCUAGUACCUGUGUUCUCUUAGAGUAGAGCAGAAAUGGGUCACUGUAGGCAUAGUACUUGGAUUGCUUCAGAUGGUUUGCUGUAUCCUUUUUCCUUCUUUUUUUUUUCUUUUUCUGGGGACUUGUUUCCAUUAAAUGACAGUAAUUCAAAAGUAGCUUGUAAAUGAGGGCAUACAAGCAUUUGCAACAAAUAUUAAAAUAGAGGCUCACAGCGGCAUAAGCUGGACUUUGUCGCCACUAGAUGACAAGAUGUUAUAACUAAGUUAAACCACAUCUGUGUAUCUCAAGGGACUUAAUUCAGCUGUCUGUAGUGAACAAAAGUGGGAAAUUUUCAAAAGUUUCUCCUGCUGGAAAUAAGGUAUAAUUUGUAUUUUGCAGACAAUUCAGUAAAGUUACUGGCUUUCUUAGUGA